AUGGUCGACCAGAAGCACUCUGAACAACUUACUGAUACUGAGAUCUAUGUCUCAGACACCGAGGCGAGCCGAGGGCCAAGAGAGACCGUGGUCGUCAAGCCAAUCAAGACCUGGAAAGGCUAUCUCUGGGAUACUUGGGAACUGCCGCCAGAUCAACGCUGGCUUCUGUUCAAGGUGGACGCAUUCGUCUUGACUUUCGCCUCGCUCGGCUACUUUCUCAAGAACAUCGACCAGACCAACGUCAACAAUGCCUUCCUGAGCGGCAUGAAGGAAGACUUGAACAUGUAUGGGAAUGAGCUAGUGACGAGUCAGUACCUGAACCAUCAAUUCCACCAAGCCACGCUCACCCAUCAUUGCAGGUNNACAUCGAUCUGGACCGUCGGUUAUGUGAUUGGUCAGAUCCCGUCGAAUCUGCUUCUGACACGAGUGUCUCCGCGUUGGAUUAUACCGUCUCUUGAAGUGGGCUGGGGUAUUGCUACCAUAUGCACAUCCCGUGUUGAAUCGUACAAGGCGCUGUACGCUCUGAGGUUUCUCGUAGGCUUCUUUGAGUGA